AUGGCAAACUCGAAUGUUUUUAUAGGAGACAGUCAAGUGAAUGAAGAGAAGCCUCCGCCACGAGUGUGUCCAAGGUGUAACUCAGACAACACUAAGUUCUGUUAUUACAACAACUAUAGCGUGUCUCAACCGCGCUACAUCUGCAAGAACUGUCGCCGACAUUGGACUCAUGGUGGAACGUUAAAGGAAAUACCCAUUGGUGGAAGUGGUCAUAAAACCAAGCGUCCGAAGAUAAAUCAACCUUCUGUUUCUCAGGUAGUUUCUGUUGAUAUCCAACAAGUUAAUCACAACCAACCUUUCUUAAAUGUUCAAGAAACCAACAACUUUGUUGGAACUUUUGGUCCUUCUUCUUCUUCUUCUAUUGUUGCUGUUGGGAACCAUUUUGGUUCUUUGCCUGAAAUUCAUGGUGAUAUGGUGCUUCCAAUUCGAAGUGUUCCACCAAUGAAUCGUUUAGAAUUCUCUGAAGGAUCAUUUCACCAAGAUUACUUUGAUGUUGGAUCCAAUGCUUUGAUUGGUAAUCCUUGCAUAAACCAACCAAUUGGUAGACAUGCUAACAGUUUUAGCAGUUACCAUAUAAAUCAAGAGGACUAA